CAACACGGGACGUUUAUGGCCGUUCCACCCACCUAAGCGCCGAGCCCUUGGAAUUUAGACAGUAAAUAUCGAAGGAGCGAGCAGAUAUUUUUAGUCAGUAGUUUUGAUGGUGUUGAUGUCACUCCCGGCAAACCUGCAGCCCGUUUGAUGGUAAGGGCGCCGGGAGCGAGCAGAUUAUCUGAAACGCGCAGAGACUCUUCUGGUAUUUUUGGUGAGACACAGAGACGGGGGGAGUGCAGACUAAACAGAGACGGGAGUAAAAAAAGGCAGAUUUUUCAUUAAAGGGUUGAGGAACUGAAGACUUGGAAGUGGAAAAAACACACAAAAGCUUCCUUUCUCCAGUACUUUACAAUGGUGUCCACAGUUCUUGCUGUGACACUGUGUGUCACACUUAUGCACAUUCAUUUGACUACAGGUGCAGCUUUUCUCACUCCUGAUUCGGAGGCUCCUCCUACUAUGACUUCUGAUCCACGGCCCCUGGGUGAGUUGCUUCAUGCUGCGCUGCUGAGUAAGAAGUAUCUUGGCCAGUCUUCUGGCAACAUAGGCACAACCACUAACCCGACCCAGGCUGUCCCAUCUGUUGAACCUGCCUUCACUGUAAUGUCACCAGGUGUUCUCACUACAGCCAUGACCUCUUCAACUGCUCCCCAGCCUGGCCAACCAGGAGUGAAGCGGGGUGUAACAUCACCACCAGUGGAAGAGGAGACCACAACCACUUUAAUCACCACCACCACAAUAACAACAGUCCACACACCAGUGCAGUGUAAUGCUAGCCUGACAGGUAUGGAGGGGAUAGUGGAGUCUCCAGACCAGCUCUCAUCAUCAAUUCCAUUUUCUCCACUGGAAUGCACCUACAGCAUAACUGUAUAUCCUGGAUAUGGGGUGGAAAUACAGGUGAAGAAGGUCAACUUGUCUAAGGAGGAAUCUCUGACUAUUCUGGGACUGGACGGUUCAGUACCUGAACUUUUAGCCAAUGAGACAAUGAUCACUGAAGGUCAGGUGAUACGCAGCACAACAAAUCAGGUUCAGAUUCAUUACCGAAGCCUGAAGCAGAGCAAUCAUGGCAUUUUUACUCUUCAUUACCAAGCGUUCCUCCUCUCCUGCCCAUUCCCCCUCUCUCCUGACGGAGGUGGGGUCACUGUGACUGACAUUCACCCUGGAGGUCAGGCUCACUUUCACUGUGACCCCAGCUUUCAGGUCAGAGGACAUGAAGUCGCCACCUGUCUGAACUCCACCCGACCACACUGGAGCACUUCUGAGCCUCAGUGUAUGGCUGUGUCUUGUGGAGGAUGGAUCAGAAAUGCUACAGUAGGCCGUAUCCUCUCUCCCACCGUUCCCUCAAGCAGUAACCUUAGCAAUAGCAACCUGAGCUGCCAUUGGUUGCUUGAAGCUAAAGAGGGCCACAGACUACACCUCCAUUUUGAAAGGAUGGCUUUGGAUGAAGACAACGAUAAACUGAUUGUCCGCAGUGGAAAUAAUUCCAACACGCCUCUUCUUUUUGACUCGGAUCUGGAUGAUGUUCCGGAGCGUGGGAUAGUGAGCGAAGGAUCAUCUCUGUAUCUGGAGCUAACAGCUGACUCUUCCUCCAUCCCUCUGCUGAUGGCACUUCGCUAUGAGGCUUUUGAUGGCGAGCACUGUUAUGAACCCUAUGUCCCUCAUGGGAAUUUUAGCAGCAGCGACAUCACCUUCCCCAUCGGCACUACGGUAACCUUCUCCUGCUCUCCUGGAUUUGUCAUGGAGCAAGGAUCAGGGGUUAUGGAGUGUGUCGACCCAAGUGACCCUCACUGGAAUGAGAGUGAACCUGUGUGCAAAGCUCUAUGUGGUGGGGAGCUAACAGAUGCAUCAGGAACCGUGCUGUCUCCUGAUUGGCCACAGAGCUACUCCAAAGGGCAGGAUUGUGUGUGGCAGAUCCACGUCAGCGAGGACAAGCGGAUUGAGCUGGAUGUGCAGAUUCUGAACAUUCGUCACAAUGACAUUCUCACGAUAUUCGAUGGGCAUGACCUUAUGUCCCAUGUCAUUGGUCAGUAUUUGGGGUCACGGGAAAGGUUCCGGGUCGUGUCCGGUGGCUCAGAGGUCACUAUUCAGUUUCAGAGUGACCCAGAUGACUCAACCUUCAUCCUUAGCCAAGGGUUCUUGAUUCACUAUCGAGAGGUGGAGCCAAAUGACACAUGCCCCACUCUACCACCAAUUGAAUUUGGCUGGAGUAGCUCUUCCCAUGUCUCACUUGUAAGGGGCAGUGUAAUAACCUAUCAGUGUCAACCUGGCUAUGACAUUGUGGGUUCUGACAUCAUCACCUGCCAGUGGGAUUUGUCCUGGAGCAACAGCCCACCCACCUGUGUGAAAAUCCAGCAGUGUCCUGACCCAGGAGAGGUUGUAAAUGGAGCUCGGUCAGUGCACCCUGAGUUAGGCUUUGCCGUGGGAACAGUGGUGCGUUUUACCUGUAAUCAAGGUUACCAGCUGGAGGGCCCUAGCCAGAUCUCCUGCCAUGGCAGAGAUACUGGCAUGCCAAAAUGGAGUGACCGUAGCCCCAAAUGUGUCUUGAAAUAUGAUCCAUGCCCAAAUCCUGGUGUGCCAGACAACGGUUACCAAACUCUAUAUAAACAUAGUUACCAGGCAGGGGAGACGCUGCGCUUUUUCUGUUACGAAGGCUAUGAGCUGAUUGGAGAGGUCAUCAUCAAUUGUGUCCCAGGACACCCCUCUCAGUGGAACAGCCCACCCCCUUUUUGCAAAGUGGCAUAUGAGGAGCUGUUGGAAGAUCACAAACUGGAAGUCUCUCAGUCAUUAGAGGCCUCCCACCAAAUGCUGAGUGAGAACAUUGCAUUGGCCAUCAUCCUGCCGAUUAUCUUGGUCAUCCUUUUGAUUGCUGGAAUAUACAUGUACUAUACAAAUGUGUGUAGGUUGCAGUGGAAACCACUAUUUUGGAAGUCCCUCUCACACACCCACUCCUACAGUCCUAUCACAGUGGAGUCUGACUUUAAUAACCCACUGUAUGAAGCAGGGGACACACGGGAGUACGAGGUGUCCAUCUGAACAAGCAUACAAGAGAGAAAUCCAAAAUUAAGGAUGGAAAGAAAAAUGAAUGAAUGAUAUAAUGUCUGUCUCUCACUUGCCGUCCUUUAACAAAUAUACCUUUCCGUUCUUUUUCACUCUGAUUUUCAGCAUCUCUCUUGCUCAUUGCUGACUCAUGUAACAGUGUGUGUGUGUGUGUGUGUGUGUGUGUGUGUGUGUGUGUAUGUGUGUGUGUGUGUGUGUGUGUGUGUGUGUGUGUGGAGAGAGAGAGAGAGAGAGAGAGAGAGAGAGAGAGAGAGGAGGAGACUGUUAAAGAGUUAAAAGGGUUAAGCAUGAACUUAUGGUUUUCUCACUAUCAGAUAUGUUUUUCAAUAUUUUGGUUGGUGCCUUAGGGACUUAAAAAGAGCUAAAAGUAGUGAUGGUAAGGACAAGGUUCAGACGAGUAUGAGGCUAAGGGUGAGUCAGCAACUUACAAGGGGAAAAAGAAAGAGAGUGAGAGGGUUUUUUUUUUCCAUAGGGGAAGUGAAUCAUAUAAAAUACAGGAGCACACACAAACACACAACAUCAUAUGAACAAAAACAUAAUUUUAUUAUACUUAUUCUCCUCUGUACACACAUACACACACAAAGAAAAAAAACACAAUAUACUGAAUGUAAAUAUUUUGAUUGACUAUUAUGUAUACAAAACGGAUGUAUACGAAACUGAUCGAGUGCCAAAAUAACGACAUCCCAUAAUGUGACGUCAGAAACAUUUCACAGGUUGCCAUAGUAUUUCCUACAUUUAUAAUGUAAUAAUGACCAAUAAUGCCAGCGUUUCAUAAUGUUCUUUGCUGUUUCUUAAAAAUCUCUUUCUGCUUAAUGUUGAAUGAUUAUGGGAUUAAAAGGGGUGGAAUGUCUUUCAUGCUUAGGGCACACAACGAUUGUAUAUUUUAUUGCUUCAGCUUAGGAUUCAUUCAAACAAUUAUACUUACUAUCAUUGUUUAUCAGAGUUGAUGUUGUUGCAUAUGCACUAUGUUGACAAAAAAAAAAAAAAAAAAAAGAAAUACGAAGAAAAAAAACAAAAAACAGCUGCUUGCUGUGAUGCAGUAUCAAACCGAACUGCUUUUUAUAAUGUUAUUUUUCAAUUGAAUCAUGGUUUGUUGUUACUAUAAAGCAGUGAGUUUUUGUCUCUUCCACUGUGCCAUACUUGGAGUCUAGCUGUGGACUCUGUUGCAUUGAAGUAUUACUAAUAUUCGAUUGUUCAUAUUAUUUAUUAAUCAACAUAAUAUAUUGUCAUGGAGGCAUAAUUUAUUUGCUAAGAUUUAAAAAUAAAUAAAGGUCUCUUGGAUGGUGAA